CCCCCCCCCCACCCCCCCCCCCCAAGGUCAAGUUUAUAACAUGGCGUAAUCUUUUCUGGUAAAUUUACCGAACUUUGGUAAACAAAAGAGUCAAAAGAGAAAGAGAGAGGAAGAAGCUUGGAAGCCUGGAAGGUGGUGAAUCUUUUGGGGUGUGCAUUUGGGCAGAUUUGUGUGUGAAAGGGAGGGAGAGAGAAACAGAGGGAAGAAAUGGGGAUCGUUCCUCAAGAAGCGAUCAGGCAGGUGCAAUCACUAAUGGAUCAAGUUGAGGAGCCUUUGAAGAGAACAUUUCAGAAUGUUCAUCAAGGAUAUUUAGUUGAAACUCUGGUGCGUUUCCUGAAAGCAAGGGAGUGGAAUGUUGCCAAAACCCAUAAAAUGUUGGUGGAUUGUUUAAACUGGAGGGUACAUAAUGAGAUUGACAACAUUUUAGCAAAACCCAUAAUUCCUGCUGAGCUGUACAGAGCUGUUCGUGAUUCACAGCUUGUAGGAGUGUCAGGUUACACGAAAGAGGGAUUACCUGUUUUCGCAAUUGGCGUUGGGCUCAGUACAUAUGAUAAAGCAUCUGUCAACUACUAUGUGCAGUCACACAUUCAGAUCAAUGAAUAUCGGGACUGUGUAAUUUUGCCUUCUGCAUCCAAAAAAUAUGGACGGCCUAUUACCACUUGUGUGAAGGUUUUGGACAUGACUGGCCUAAAAAUUUCGGCACUGAGUCAGAUAAAGUUAAUGACGCUUAUAUCCACCAUUGAUGAUUUGAACUACCCAGAGAAGACAAAUACAUAUUACAUUGUAAAUGUCCCGUAUAUAUUUUCAGCUUGUUGGAAGGUUGUCAAGCCUCUUUUGCAGGAGAGAACAAGAAAAAAAGUUCAGGUCCUGCCAGGCUGUGGGCGAGAUGAGCUCUUAAAGAUAAUGGACCAUGCUUCCCUCCCACAUUUCUGUAGAAAAGAAGGUUCUGGAUCAUCUCGGCAUGCGGAGAAUAGCCAAGAAAAUUGCUAUUCCUUAGACCAUCCAUUUCAUCAACAACUCUACAACUACAUAAAGCAGCAAUCCUUGAUACGUGAGCCUAUUGAACCCAUAAAACAGGGUUCUGUUCAUGUGGAUCUGCCCGAGCCUGCUCCUGAAGGAACAGAGAUUGCCAAAACCAUAGAAUCUGAGUUACACAAGUUUGGGAAUGGGAAUGGGCUGCCUCCCUCACUAGAUGCGUUAAAAAUUGCAGAUAAUUGAAAUUAUGUAGCUGAAUUUAUUGAGUUGCAGUGACACGCCAAAAGCACAUGAUCGGCGGGCACUUCCUAUGAGCUUUUAGAGAAGGAAUAUGGUCUUGCAGGUCCCAUCAUUCUAUUAAUACCAUAAAAAUGAAUGGAAUAGCAGUCGCUUAUAUUCAUCCCCACAUGAAUUCAGAGAGAAAAGCUGAUAUGCUAUAUGUAACUUGACAAAUUGGCCGGAUAAUCAGUGCUAAACUGUCCCUGGCCUGGCAUGUAUUAGUGAAACAGAUAAUCGUCACUUUUAGUUGCACAGAAUCAAGUUAAAUGGUAGUAGCGCAGUUAUCUGUUUAAGCCA